ACCAUGGCUCCAGCAGCAGCAGAGGCGGAGAAGGGGUCUCCGGUGGUGGUGGGCCUGCUGGUCGUGGGCAACAUCAUUAUUCUGCUGUCAGGCCUGGCCCUGUUCGCCGAGACCGUGUGGGUGACUGCUGACCAGUACCGCGUGUACCCGCUGAUGGGUGUCUCCGGCAAGGACGAUGUCUUCGCGGGUGCCUGGAUCGCCAUCUUCUGCGGCUUCUCCUUCUUCGUGGUGGCCAGCUUCGGUGUGGGCGCCGCUCUGUGCCGCAGCCGCUCCAUGAUCCUCACGUACCUGGUGCUCAUGCUCAUCGUCUACAUCUUCGAGUGCGCCUCCUGCAUCACCUCCUACACCCACCGGGACUACAUGGUGUCCAACCCGUCGCUGAUCACCAAGCAGAUGCUGACCUUCUACAGUGCCGACACGGACCAGGGCCGGGAGCUGACCCGUCUCUGGGACCGCAUCAUGAUUGAGCAAGAAUGCUGCGGCACUUCCGGGCCCAUGGACUGGGUGAACUACACAUCAGCCUUCCGGGCGGCCACUCCAGAGCUGGUGUUCCCCUGGCCCCCGCUGUGCUGUCGCCGGACUGGAAACUUCAUUCCCGUCAACGAAGAGGGCUGCCGCCUGGGCCACGUGGAUUACUUGUUCAUCAAGGGCUGCUUCGAGCACAUCGGCCAUGCCAUUGACAGCUACACGUGGGGCAUCUCAUGGUUUGGGUUUGCCAUCCUGAUGUGGACGCUCCCGGUGAUGCUGAUAGCCAUGUACUUCUACACGACGCUCUGAGGACGGGAAGGAGAGGCCCCGUGCGCACCAGGGCCUCCUCUGCAGGGGCCUGGACAGUCGUCACUCUGCUGUCCCCAGCAUCUUCCUGUGCAGAACUGAGCAUGGAGCAGAUGUUCAAUAAACACCGGUUGACUGACGGAAUGAAGUUGUUUUCUCUGGGGUGAGGGUGAAUGAAAAAUAAGUCUUCUGGGGGCCGGCGCUGUGGUGUAGCGGGUACAGCUGCUGCCUGCAGUGCCGGCAUCCCAUAGGGGCGCCAGUUCAAGUCCCAGCUGCUCCACUUCCGAUCCAGCUCUCUGCUGUGGCCUGGGAAAGCAGUACAAGAUGGCCCAAGUCCUUGGACACCUGCACGUGUGUGGGAGACCUGGAAGAAGCUGCAGGCUCCUGGCUUCAGAUCAGUGCAGCUCUGGCCGUUGCAGCCAACUGGGGAGU